AUGUACUCUGUUCUGGAUCGGGACUGGGGCACACAAACUGCUGGCGCCAAGCAUAGCAUGCCCACUAUGGGAGUGCAACCGUUAGAAGCACAAAGUGGGUAUACUCAGUCCUUGUUGCGCACAGAUCCAGUCAGCCAGACCAAACAUGAAUCAACUAACGCCCCCAGCCGCAUUUCCAUGCCGCAUCUCCGUGCCGCAUCUCUGGCGGCCAGAACAUGUGUUGCCAAAUUGGGAGCAGCUCUGAGAUCAAACCCCUCAAAUCUGAGACAUCUGAAUCUGAACUUUAAUAAACCAGGAAAUUCAGGUGUAAAGCUGCUCUCUGAUGUACUGCAGGAUUCACGGUGUAAACUGGAGAAACUACAGCUGUGGGACUGCAGUAUUACAGAUGAAGGUUGUGUUGCUUUGGCUUCAGCUUUCAGAUCAAACCCCUCACAUCUGAGAGAUCUGGAUCUGAGCUUUAAUAAACCAGGAGAUUCAGGAGUGAAGCUGCUCUCUGAUGUACUGAAGGAUUCACGCUGUAAACUGGAGAAACUACAGCUUUAUGGCUGCAGUAUUACAGAUGAUGGUUGUGUUACUUUGGCUUCAGCUCUGAGAUCAAACCCCUCACAUUUGAGAGAUCUGAAUCUGAGCUUUAAUAAUCCAGGAGAUUCAGGAGUGAAGCUGCUCUCUGAUCUACUGAAGGAUUCACGCUGUAAACUGGAGAAACUACAUCUUUCCAGUUGUGGUAUUACAGAUGAAGGUUGUGUUGCUUUGGCUUCAGCUCUGAGAUCAAACCCCUCACAUCUGAGAGAUCUGAAUCUGAACUUUAAUAAACCAGGAGAUUCAGGAGUGAAGCUGCUCUCUGAUGUACUGAAGGAUUCACGCUGUAAACUGGAGAAACUAGAUCUUUCCAGUUGUGGUAUUACAGAUGAAGGUUUUGUUGCUUUGGCUUCAGCUCUGAGAUCAAACCCCUCACAUAUCAGAUAUCUGGAUCUGAGCAAUAAUAAAGCAGGAGAUUCAGAAGUGAAGCUGCUCUCUGAUCUAAAAAUGGAUCCAAAUUGUAAACUGGAGAAAUUAUAUAUUUGAUGUCUAACAGUCAGACACUCACUGGGGAAAACUCCAAGACCUUCAGCUGGUGAAUCAAAAUAUCUGUUGUGUGUCCUGAACAACACGAUCGCCUGAACAAGCACAUUUAUAUUAAUCCAUUUACAAGCUAAAGAUUUCUGUUAUAUGAACACAGAUAGAAAUUACUUGAAUAUAUCUACUGUAUGUGCUUUCAGAGUCUUACCCUAAUUUUUUGU